CCUCAGAGCCACAGAUGUCAGACUUAUGUGCCAGUUGCUCCUCAUCAAUGAGAGCAUCGAAUCCAUCAAGUGGAUGAUGGAGGAGAAAGCCACCAUCACUAGCCGAGGCAGCAGUCUCAGUGGCAGUCUGUGCAGCCUGCUGGAGAGCCAGAGCACCUCCUUACGUGGCAGCUACAAUAGCCUGCAGGAUGGCAGUGAUGGGCUAGAUGGCAUCUCUGUGGGAAGCUACCUGGACACUUUGGCUGAUGAUGUCCCAGGCCAUCAGACCCCUUCAGACUUUGACCAGUUCAGUGACGGCUCCGUCAUAGAGGACUCACAAGCCCUGCACAAGCCUCCUAAAUUGGAUUCUGACUACUACUGCUUUGGCUAAUGACCCAGUUUUUUGCAUGGGACUGGUGUGAAAUUAACUUGUAUGUAUCCUUCUUCUCCGCUGCUAUAUUUUUGGUGUGAUUUUGUAAAAUAAGACAACCUUUUAAAAGAAGCUUAUUUUUAAACUGCUUAAUGACAUUUCUGUUGCUCCUAAUAUUUCUCAUCUAGACUGAUUUAUUUUUCUCUGUUACAUCUCUAUUUUUAUUUAUUAAAAUGAUUUUCCUCCCUUCUUUUAGAGUAGCACAAACAAAGUAGGGGGAAAAGAAUAAGCAAUAAUUAUGUUUUUGCUUUUGUUUUCAGAGCAAGGGGUCAGGGAUUACAAGGAAAACUUUGCUAAAUUUUACAAUAAACCAAAGUAUGAAAAC